UGACCCUUCUUUUCUUUCUCCCCACCACCCCUUCAAUUCUUGCGUUUCUUAUGAAUUCACCCCUUUCUGUUGCUUCUUGAAAAACCCAGAGAUCUUCAGCCUAGCAGCUUCCUUUUCCUGUUUUUAUAAUUUUUUUUUUUCGUAACUGGGUUUUAGAUUUCUUGGUAACGAGGUUGCAGAAGAAGAAGAAGACGAAGAGAAAGAGAGGGGAGUUUCUGGGUGUUCAUAAAGUGAGGGAAAGAAUAGAAAUAAAGAGUAGAAAUGGGUGAUCACAGCCACCAACCACCGCAGCCAGAGGCGGCUCGUCCGCCGCCGGUGAUGCCGCUCGGUGCAGCAAGAGGCCCAAUUUACCCUCCCGCCGAGCAGCUUCUUCAGCUUCACUACUGCAUACACUCCAACCCUUCCUGGCCUCAAACUUUCUUGCUGGCUUUCCAACACUAUGUGGUUAUGCUUGGAACAACAGUGAUGAUUGCGAACCUGCUUGUGCCUCGUAUGGGUGGGGGUGCGGGUGAUAGGGCCCGUGUGAUUCAAGCCUUGCUAUUUACAUCUGGAGUGAAUACACUUCUCCAAACGCUUCUUGGGACACGGCUUCCGACGGUCAUGGGUCCUUCUUUUGCUUAUGUUAUAUCAGCACUGUCAGUCAUAAAUGAUUUUUCUGAUGGUUACUUUUCUUCUCAGCAUGAGAGAUUUCUUCACACAAUGAGAGGCAUACAAGGUUCGCUAAUUGUCUCUUCGUUUAUUAAUAUCAUUCUUGGCUAUGGUCAGGUCUGGGGAAAACUUACAAGGCUCUUCAGCCCAGUAGUUAUAGCUCCGCUGGUAUCUGUUUUAGGUCUUGGUUUAUUUGCAAGGGGCUUUCCAAUGCUUGCUGAUUGUAUCCAGAUUGGGCUCCCUAUGCUAAUUUUGCUAGUUAUAUUCCAACAGUAUCUGCAACGAAUCCAUCGAGUUGCAAGCCCCAUGCUUGAAAGAUUUGCUUUGCUCUUUUGCGUCGGUGUCAUCUGGGCUUUUGCUGCUAUUCUUACUGAAGCCGGUGCUUACAAACAUGUUAAGGAGAGCACCAAGCAGAGUUGCUGUACCGACCAUUCAUACCUUGUUUCAUCUGCUCCAUGGAUCAAGAUUCCAUAUCCUUUCCAGUGGGGUACUCCCAUAUUUAGAGCAAGCCAUGUUUUUGGAAUGAUGGGGGCUGCCCUGGUUACGUCCGCAGAGUCCAUCACAACAUUUUAUGCAGCGUCAAGGCUAGCAGGUGCCACAAUCCCUCCUGCAUAUGUUAUAAGCAGAAGCAUUGGCCUUCAGGGUAUAGGACAGCUCCUUGAUGGGUUUUUUGGUGGUGUUGUUGGUACAACUGCAUCGGUUGAGAAUGUGGGCUUACUCGGGCUAACUCGAGUCGGGAGCAGAAGAGUUGUGGAGAUAUCCAGUGGUUUCAUGAUCUUCUUUUCUAUAUUUGGGAAAUUCGGAGCUCUCUUUGCAUCUAUUCCUUUGCCAAUUUUUGCGGCCGUAUAUUGCAUCCUGUAUGGCAUUGUCUCUGCGGUCGGGGUUUCGUUCAUUCAGUUUGCAAACAGCAACUCAAUGCGAAACAUCUAUGUAUUGGGCGUGUCUCUGUUCAUGGGAAUAUCCAUACCGCAAUAUUUUGUGAUGAAGACAGAUAUUGGUGGCCACGGACCUCUUAGGACCCAUGCCGGAUGGUUCAAUGGGAUAUUGAACACAAUAUUUUCGUCGCCGGCAAGUGUUGCAAUGAUAGUUGGGACAGUUUUGGACAACACGCUUCGAGCUCGGGACACAUUGGAAGAGAGAGGCGUCCCGUGGUUAGUCCCAUUCCAGCAGAGGAGAGGAGAUAGCCGAAACGACGAAUUCUAUAGCUAUCCCCUCAGGAUUGAUGAAUAUAUUCCUUCUAGAUUUGCCAAGUAACUUUCAUCUGCUGCAAAAAAAAAUGUUCAUAUUGUAUUGUACUAUAUGUGAAUUUUGUACCUGUAACUUACCCAACUCUGUAAAGUUCUGUGGGCUUUUCAAAUUUUUUUUAUCCUCUUAUUUUGUUAUGCUGUAUUUUUUGGUUGGUGCUCUGUGUACACCACACCUAACCUAUACACCAUUUUUAUUUUAAACAGAUUUUUUGUUUUUGUUUUCAAAGAGUUAACCUUUGGGCUUUUCAAAUGUUUUAUUUGAGAGCAAAAGAAAGACUUAACCUUGGG